AAGUCCGUGAUAUGGAGUGCUGUGCGAUGUUAAGUGUAGGUGCUGUUAUACAGGUUUUCUAUAUUGUACUUUGAAGUGUAAUUACGUAGUUGUGAACAUUUAAUGAUGCGAUCGAUGCGAUAGUGUCAUUUUCUCUGCAGUAGUUGGUUUUCGUGUCACUUCGGUCGGGAGCCUCAUGACUGAUGGAGCAGCUCUAAGCCAGCAUGUCAAACAUCAUCCCUCCAAUGGUGCCCACAUCACCCCCUCCCAUGGAUGAUGCCAUGGAGGAUGAUGAAGAUUAUGAAUUUGGAGACUUUGCAGCAGCUGCUGACUUGCCAUACAGCGGAGCAGAUGCUCCUGAAACUUCUCUCAAGUUACCAACCAUCAGCAGCACAUUCUGGGAGGAGAGUGUUAAACACAGCUGUGAGACUCAGCUAGAAGUUGAUGAUGGAAAGAAGGCAGGUCUCAGAGUCGUGGACAGCGUGACCCAGGACUCCAUUUUGUCUGUAGCCACUGGCUUGGGACUCUGCAGUGCAAGACAAGAUACUGAUGGUGUGGGACCAAAAGUGACUGGUGCUUGUGAAGAGUCUAGUGGAAGUGAUGAGACGUUGAUAAAGUCAACUGAUACAGAGGUCGAAUUGCAGAAAGAAUUUGGCACAACAGACUGUGCAUUGGAUACAGGGGCAUUCUGGACAGAUUCCAGUUGUCAGAGCAGCAGACAUUUGCCUCAGGAAACCAGUGAUGUGGAUGAUUUUGGGGAUUUUGAAAGUGUUGCGAUGAGUGAGGAUUUUGCAGUGUUUGAGGGCCCUGUGGCAGAUGGACCGAUAGAUAACUGGGCUGCUGCAACUCAGCCUGUCCCAGCUGCUGUUCAUGAUGGUGAUGAUGAUUAUGAUUUCGAUGAAUUUGAAACUGCUCCUGUGAGUUGUGUUGGCUUGGAUGAUGGGGAAUUGGCCCGUAAACUAAAGAUGGUUAUCAACAUGCUGUUCCCAUUCAACAGUAGCAUCAGCUUGGUAGAGAUAAACGUACCACCCCUGGCUGAGAGACUGGCCACAGUUUGGUGUAAGCUGCAGGAUAUGGAGAGUAGCCAUGCACUGUCAUAUCAGUGGUCUGGUUCAGCUGCCAAUAAACACCUGUUGCUAGCACUAGGCAUCGACUCACGUAACAUUCUCUUUGGUCCACGAUGGAAUGCUUUAGUGCCACGAUUUGCUGCAAACCUUGGCUUCAGUCCUCUGGAGCCGAUGCGGGCUAGUGGAAGCUCUCCCACCCUACUGGAGCCAGCCAAAGAAUUGCCUCUGGUGGAAACCACAGCAGAGGAAGUAGUGGUGCCAGCUGCUCAGUUUGACUGGAACAGCAGUGGACUUGUGAACCCUCUGGACUGUGCCAACUCGGCACUUCUCGAACUUGACUAUCUCAACACCUUCGAUAACUUAACCUGCCCCUCCCCCUCUGCUUCCAACAUGGCUGGCAGCACCUGGAGCACCUGCACCAUGCCCGAGGCAUCCACAAGCAGCUCGCUGGUGCAGCAGAUCCUAGCAUCCGGCAAGUCUACACUGGUUAUGUCCAGCAGACAGGGGUUGAGCCCAGACACAGUGAGAGUACUGGAUGAGCUUCCAGACCUGUCCUUUCUGCAGGCCAAGCUUCUUAUGUUCCCAGUGCGGGGUACCUCACCUUGAUAGCCUCAUACUUACUACUUGCCCUACCUUAUUGAACAGGAAAACAGAUGCUUCUAAAUUUGUGCCAUUUGUAAUGAGGAUAAUCUGAGUGAACCUGUUUUGUAUGUUUUGAUUUUCUGUUUCACUGAUGUCUCUCUCUCUCUCUCAGCCUUCAAUUUGGAGGAUCUCCAUUUUUUACCAGUUUAGAGCAAUCUGUCAGCUAUACUUCAAUGUCAGUGUGUGCAGUUGUGUGUGGUGUAUGUGUUGAAAUUAUUUGGCUGUAAAGAACUCCAGCUGUGAUGGUUAUGUGCUCCUGUUUGGGUCACACUUCAAAGGACCAAUAACAAAACGGGAAUUAGCUCACAUAUUUUUUUUCAUAUGAUUGCAUCCUAUUCCUGUUCAGUGUUCAAAGUUCUUAGGCCAGCUGUCUCACACAAACAAACUGAUAUUAACAAUUUUUUUGUUUCUAAAUACAUGAAGUAUGUUUUAACCACAGAUACCAGUCAUCAGAUGGAAAACACAAACUAGUAAAAUGCCUGUGAUGUAAGUGCAAAGAUCUAACAGUGUGUAAGAAUGUAAAAAGCAAUAAAUUGGGUCGAAUGUGAUUUAUUUUUUUAUGUGGACAUAUGUAUUCAAGUUGUUAGUCCCUAUCACAGUACACAACAUAGUCAUUUUCAGUUCAAUGAACACUUGAUAAAAGUUUUUCUAGCUCAGAUCUUGUUAUAUAAUUUUGGCUCUUCACUCAUUUGUACUACUUGUGACUGUUCAGCAUGCACUUUCUUCUUGUCAGGCCAUGCUAAAUACUGUUCUGUGAUGCAAGAUAAUUCUUUUAUAUUCAAAGUACAUUGUGGCAUUAGGUUAGUAGCUGAGGGGGUGUUCAGAAAUUUUCAAAUAAUGGGGUAUUUAACUAUGGUGAGAGUCUAUAAGUAGAUUAAUCUUUAAUUGUUAAGGGAUGGAAUUAUACUUAGCAAGUGUAGUAUUGUGUGUAUUUUGUAGUAAGGGCUGUUGGCUUAAUGUGUGUCCAUAAGGAAAUUAUCUGAAAAUUGUAUAAGAGGGUGGUUUUAUGAUUUUGAGUGCAUAGAAAUAGAAUAUUGAAGGAGGUAAAGCUCUUUGACUUAUUGAGAUAGCAGAAGUUGAGUGACUGUGUGGUGGUGGUCAUUGUAUGAAUACAGUUUGUUCACAACUGGUAGGUAUGCUACCGUUAUGGGGGGAGGGGGGGGAGUGUUCCUAAUUGUGGUCAUUGUUGUCUUGUAAGCUGAUGUUGACAUCAUACUGUCAUGUGUCUGGGGUUCCGUGACGAAUAAUAAUGGGUCCUGCAUUGGAUGAUCAGAAUUAUUGAUGCCUUCUGUUACAAUGAAUUACCACAGCUCACAAUCAAUGACUGCCUAAGCUCGCUCCAUUCCUUACUGGACUACGAGUGUCUUCUCUUCCAAUGUGACUGACUUGGUUCUGAUUUAUGAAUUGGUCACUUCUUCGGCUUCCACUGUCUGCUGGUUAACAUUCCACAGCUGAACACUGAACUGAACUAUGAAUUCUCUUAUGACCAAACCCUUGAACUCACUAAAUCAGUUACGUGUCGCCUCCCCUUUAAACUCUGGGGUGAACCAAAUAGAGAUCACCAUCUCCAGUAGUUCCUGUUAUUCUGUCCUCAUUUGUUGCUGCAGAAACGUGUGUUAAUUUCAUAGCAGUGGUCUGGUUUCCAAGUGUUUACAACUUUCCAUUUUCGUAUCCGUGGAUAAUGUUUAACACCCAGCAGUGGUUUGCGUCCAUGAAUCACAUCUCUCUAGAUAUGCAUAUGCCAUUUCAUUUCCUAGAAAUGGCCUGUGUCAUAUUGGCUAGCUAUUAUCAGAAAAUGUGUCAUUAAGACGGUUAUGUUCUUGGUGUAUUUCAUAUGUGUAAUGUUUUCUAAUGUAUUUAUAUAAGAUCCACUUGUCUGAAGUGUUUGUAAAGUGUCUUUAAGGGGGCCGUAUGACUGUCUUCUUUCAGGAAUAUGUUGAGUAUAUUUUGAGUUAUUUUUGUUUGUUUUUUUAUCAUGAAUGUAUCCAUGAAACUUGGUUUUGAAGGUCCUAUCAGUUUGGUCUAAAUAUUCUUACGACAUCAUCAUUGGUAUGAAAAUUGGUAAAUACUGCUGUUAUUGAAUGCAUCAGAAGUUAACGUUUUCUAUUCUAAAUUCUUUCAUAUAGAGUUAAUGGUGUUUCAGGUAGUUUUUAUUUUUGUCUCUUGAAUUACCUUUCUUGCACAGCAAACGACUCAGGCUAUUAAUCUUAAUGAAUAGUAUCUGACAUUACAGUCAUCAUGGCCAAGCAACAGACAUUUAUGUGCUUACAGAUUGGAAAUUUGUUAAGUUGUAUAUGAAGUUUUGCAUGGGGGGAAAUUUAUUUUUGGAUGAUGAUAGUGACAUUGAUGAUGAUUGCACCCAGUUAGUGAUUCCUGGAACACAUACAAUUUGUGACAGUGCAACAGACAUAACCUGCAGUUUGACAUAUCUGACAGUGGACAUAUUUGAGAACAUUUUUGAUGGAGCUCUUAUGCCGUUAGUAGUAAAUGGAACCAACAAAUGUGGACAGUAGGAAAUUUGAAAAACUUCUAUGCCUUUGACGUUUUGCUCUAGACUGAGGAAUUGGGAAAAUAUCACAGUGGAUGAAGUAGUAUGUGCUUUUGUGUCGAUGGGCAUAGUACAAAUGCCGACACCAAGGUCAUACUGUUCCACGAACCACCCGUUGCUGACCCCAUCCCCCAUAUUUAACAGAAUAGGCAUUUUACUGUUUUGUGUAUUCCUCCACAUAUUCACCACAUGGUAAAAAAUGUAGUAUAUAUAGAAGAAAAAAA